GAGCGUCAAGAUGGCGGCGGCGGCUACCUGCGGCGCGGGAGUCCUUAGCUCUGGGUGUGUGGCAUCCACAGCCGGCCGGAGCAGCACCAGCAGCUUCCAGAGGAGGACCAAGGCCUCUGGGGCUGACGGAGGUGGCCCUCGGCUGCUGUCCAUUGCGGGCACGCGACCGUCGGUGCGGAAUGGACAGCUGCUGGUGUCAACCGGGCUCCCAGCCCUGGACCAGCUCUUAGGUGGAGGUUUAGCCGUUGGAACAGUUCUUCUGAUUGAAGAAGAUAAAUAUAAUAUUUAUUCACCUUUGCUCUUCAAGUAUUUCCUGGCAGAAGGAAUUGUCAAUGGGCAUACUCUGUUGGUUGCAUCUGCCAAAGAAAAGCCUGCUGACAUUUUACAGGAACUCCCUGCACCACUACUUGAUGAUAAUGGUAAAAAAGAGCUUGAAGAUAUACAUAAUUCUAAAACACCAGAACCAGAUGUUAGCAUGAAAAUAGCCUGGCGAUACCAGUUGCUACCCAAGAUGCAGGUUGGGCCAGUGUCAUCUUCACGAUUUGGUCACUAUUAUGAUGUGUCAAAAAGGAUUCCUCAGGAGCUACUAGGAAGUUCAAAAUGGCAUGGAUUCUUCCUCCCAGAACAUAUAACUUCAGAUCUUAAAGGAGAAUCCUGUUCUUUGUCAGGAGACUAUAUGAAACUGCUUCAGUUCAUCCAGAACAUCAUUUAUACUGAAGGAUUUGAUGGAUCUAAUCCCCAGAAAAAACAGAAAAACAUUUUAAGAAUAGGAAUUCAGAACUUUGGUUCACCAUUGUGGGGAGAUGACAUUUGCUGCACCGAAAACUCUGACAACAGUCACAGGCUUACCAAGUUCCUCUAUGUUCUCCGUGGCCUUCUAAGAACCUCACUGUCAGCCUGUAUCAUCACAAUGCCAACACAUCUGAUCCAGAAUAAAGCAAUUACUUCUCGUGUGAGAAAUUUGUCUGAUACAGUAGUUGGCCUGGAAUCUUUUAUUGGUUCAGAGAAAGAAACCAACCCAUUAUAUAAGGAUUAUCAUGGUUUGAUCCAUAUACGGAAGAUUCCUCGGCUUAAUAACUUGACUUGUGAUGAAUCGGAUGUCAAAGACUUAGCUUUUAAGUUAAAACGGAAGCUGUUCACCAUUGAGCGACUGCAUUUGCCUCCAGACUUGUCAGACACAGUGAGCCGCUCAAGCAAACAGGAUCUGGCAGAAUCCUCCAAGCUGCUGGGCCCAGGCUGUGGCAUGAUGGCCGGAGGCAGGAAGCACCUGGACUUCUAGGGAAUCCUCCUUAGUAACUGCAUGCAGAAUUAUCUGACACCCUAAUUAUGAUUGCAAAUAGCUUAUGUAAAUAUUUUUCUUAAUGAUUUGACCCUCCAAUCUUUGAAAAACACAGGAUUACAAAAUGGAGCCAUCAUUCUUGUGUUUGGGUUGUUUCAUUGUUUGUUUUUUCCACCAACUUUUGUACAAAACUAAUACAACAGAAAUACCAUCAUUUGACAUUUAGCUGCUGUUGUAUAUUUUAAAAUACUAAUUAAUUCUUAAAUAAACACCAAAAAAAAAUCCCCAAAACAUGAUGUGCCUUAGAGUGGUUGGACUAUGUGGAUUGUAGCAAUGGCAUGAUGGUAACAUUCUGUGAUGGUAACAUGCAUGUUGCACCCCAUAGAGUAUAGAAUAUGAGUUCAAGUUGUGUUUGAUAUAUUAUUCUGUAUUUUUGAAAAGGUCACCAAAAACUAAGGCUUUUUUGAAAAAAAUGUUUUGUUUGCUAGUAUAUAAAAGAAUUUGCGCCGGGCGUUGGUGGCGCAUGCCUUUAAUCCCAGCACUUGGGAGGCAGAGGCAGGCAGAUCUCUGUGAGUUCGAGGCCAGCCUGGUCUACAAGAGCUAGUUCCAGGACAGCCUCCAAAGCCACAGAGAAACCCUGUCUCGAAAAACCAAAAAAAAAAAAAAAAAAAAAGAAUUUGCAACUGUGUGUCCUGUUUUUUAAAGUGGUAAAGACAAAAAUCAUAUUUAGGGAUUUCAUCUCAAUUGCCCCACAUAAUAGUUAAUGCAUACAGAGCUUGACUAUACAAAAGCAGCUGUCCUAAAGUUCUAAGUAAUUGACAUCAGUACUGGGAAAUGAUAUCAACAGACAAAAUUCAAAGCUGAAAUUCAAGCUGGCAGCGACACUAAUGUUGAGGUCCCAGAGAUGGGUACUGAAGCCCGUGAGCAGGUUAUAUGAUGUGGGUCUGAAACAAAGUAAAAAACUGAAAUGAACUCAGAUUUCCAGUGUGUCACCUGAACCCUUUGUUUUAUGAGCACUGGCUGAGCAUGCUAAUAAAUCUCUAACCACGUAACAUGUCUUGGGACCACAGCAUAUGGAUCAAGUUUUCAUGUAAAACAUUAGGCUUUGGUGUCAUAGGUCCAUGCUCUUGAAGGACUUGACAAAUCAUAGGUACAAAGUGAAAGUUAGAAAGCAACUUGCAUGUAUUUAAAGACAAGUUUUUCAAAAAGAUGUUUAACAUCUAUUGGCAGAAAUUGAAUUUCCAAAAUACAUUUUCAAAUAAAUUAGAAUAUUUUGAAGCACCUUUAACUAACAUUUUAAGCAGUUUCCUUUUAAUAUACCACAAAUUAUACUCUAUUUGCUCUUGACAACACUGUGGAAAACAAAGACUGGGUUUUUAAAACUGUCUAACCAAUAUGAUGAAUGUCAGUCACUUAAAAAAAAAAAGCCCACUGUAGCAUAAACACACACUGUAUACAGCUCUUAUUCAGAAUUAGAAUAAUUGAAUCAAUGACAGUGAUUUGCCAGGAUGUCAAAUCUCUCCAUCAUACCCUGUCACUACCAGUUUAUUUUUUGUGAUAAAAUCAAAAAGACAACUAUUUUGUCACCACGACUUCAUUAGCACUAAAAAAAAAUCAGGUUGAUUUUUUUUUUUUAGAAUGUCUGGUUUAUUUUUUUAAUCCCUUUUAAUUCUAAAGACACAAAUUCUUCCCCAUUUUCUUUUCAAAAUAAAGUUUCAGAAUUGAUCUGUCAGUUAAAAUUAAAGGGCUUUUAUACUGAGGAGAGGUGCUUUUAAUAUUUAAAACAACUUCAAAAAUCCAUUUCCUCCGUACAUAAUAAAUCACAUUGCACAGGCAUCCACAGAAGCCUUGCUGUCCUUUAACAGAUUGUGAGCAAACUGAAGUGAAUGUUUGAUUGUCUUAAUAACUAAUCUUCUCUUACCCUAUUGUGAUUAAUUUUACACAAAUACACAACAGCACAAUUAUAUGGCAUUUGACUCAGAAAGGAAGUGUGAAACCAUCACAUAUAUAUAAAUUGCUUAUAAAAUACUUAAUAAAUCAUCAGUUUACUUCUUGGCUACUACUAGUAGAUAUUUUUACUUCUUGGCUACUGCUAGUAGAUAUGCUCUUUACAAGUAGAAAAUUUCCUUAGAAACUAAGAAAGUAUAUGUGAACCCUUAGUUUAAAUAGAAAUUAAACUUUUCAAACUCUUAAAAUAAAUAGAGUACCUGGGCUUUCCAAAAAUACUACAUCCACCACUUUGUUUUUCAGAUUCCCUCGGCAUAUUUUAAUAAUAAUAAUAAUAAAUAAGAUGUAGCUGCUGUUGGAAACAGAUGUAUGGUGCUAUUUUAUUUUGUUUUCCUCUGAUAAAAAUCCCUUCUAAAGAUAUGUUUCCCUUCAUCUGGUAAUUAUUUGUUUUCUAUUACCCCAACAACUUCCUACAUGAAAAUGUUUUCAAAAUGCUAACAUAUAAUAUAUACAUAUAUAUGUGUUACAUGUUACUAUAUAUAUAUGUCCUUCUGAUGUAUUAUGAAGUGUAUACUCUAUUCAUAGAUUUUAACUUGUCGGGAAUAUAAAUACUUAAGAGCACUGUCAAAUAGAGUAUCUGUAAUAUCUCUAUAUGUUUUCAAUGUUUCCAGUGUGUGAACCCCAAAGCCCUUUUUGGUAUUCAUUCCUUGUGUUAGAUCUGCCUUUCUUCAACAUGAGGUAAAUAUUUUGACUACUGUAGGUUGCUCAGGUUUAGGGCUCUGAGGCCCUCUGAAUUUUUUAAUAGCUACUGAAUAAGAUCACUUUUCAUAUCUUGUUUUUGCUUAUUCUUUAGCACUACAUCCAGGACCUUCUAGUACUAAGACAAAUGAAAAUGCUUCAGAAGCAUUGCCUGUCUUUUAAUUUUAAUGAAUGGGACAUACACAUACACCUCCAGCAAGGGUGCAUAGGGAUAUCCAUAUUGGUUAAGCCCAUUAUUAAUGUCAGCUCUAAGACAUCAUGUUACUGUGUUCCAAAGAUAGUCACCAUCAAUAUCCGAAUUAAGCAAUAUAAACCCUAAAGAUUUACACUUUGCACCUGAAAAAUGAGCAUUUAAUCAUCUAUGACCAAGGCCAAAAAAAAUUGAAAAACAGAAUAAUGUGUAGUUGGCAUCAAUCAACUCAAUAUAUAGAAACACACCCCUCUUAAAAAAAAAAAAAAAACACCUUUUUCUUAAGAACAUUAAGGCCCAGAGAAUAAAGACAUGACUAGAGAUGAUCAGUGCCAUCCUGUGACAGCAAGCACUCACAGAACAAAGCUAAGUGUUAACACCGUAGAUGUAAUUUUUAGGAAACCUGUUUAUGAUGUUUCAUUUCAGCGGGAAGAGGAUAUGAUGUAAGCACGGUUGAGAACCAGUUGUUCUCCACCAUAUAAGAGUUGUUGGAAGGUACAGCCUUAGGGAGGGGAAAUCCUUGGAAUUUCAUCCAAGUACAAAGCAAAGUUAUUUUCUCCUAGAGCAGCAGUUCUCAACAUUGUGGGUCGAGACCACUUUGGGGGUUGAAUGACACUUACAUAAGGGUCAUUCCUGCAUAUCAGAUAUUUAUACUACAUUCAUAAUAGUAGCAAAAUUACAGUCAUGAAAUAGCAACAGCCAUAACAAAAUUGUAGGGGAGACAGGUCACCACAACAUGAGAAACUGUAUUAAAGGGUCAAGGGUCGCAGCAUUAGGAAGGUUGAGAACCACUGAUCUGGAGUGAUUCAACUCUGAUUCUGUUCACCUGAUAUCCCUAAGUCAGUCAAACCUUGAGGUAAAAUGUAAGCUGUUUGCACCAAGGAUGUCACAAAACUUGGUCAUCAUCCUGGAAAAUGACACUGAAACACCCCUGCAGAUUUUCCAUUGCCAAAUCUAUAAAUAUACCUGUCAGUAAAUAAAUGAAAAUGAUUACUGGGAGUUGAAAACCAAUUCCCAGGCACUGGAACCACACAGCCUGCGAUACAGACAGCUCAUCUCCCUAGGGUGCAUGCGGGCAGAAGGCAAGGCUGCUGUUCUCAUCCUGCUGGUCCAGAGGCUUCCACGGCUGAGCAUCCCUCCUUCAGCAUGUAUCAGGCUGUGCCGCUGCGCCCUGGCAGUCUUGACCCUCUGAGGACUUGUAUACGUGCCCAACUGCACACACCCAGACCCUCAGUUCUUAUUCCCAGAAUUCUGUGUACUCUCCUCAGCAAAGCCAUGGGCUAGCAGUGACUGUGACACAGCCCUUCUGUGACAGUUCCCUGAACACACACAUCCCUCAGGGAGUGGAAGCUGCAGAAUGUCAGGGGGUGGGCAUGUCUGCAAGGGCGAUGGUACCAACAGUGUAUGUGUGCCAGCAGGCAGUGAAAGUCGACAUAGACAGUGACUACAAGCACACACAAAAAUGGCAAUCUAGUUAGGAUGGCAUAAAGCAACUCUGCUAGAGUAAAACUCAGCAGAUCUAAGUGAUCUGUCAGUAAGUAAUAUCUUAACUACUAAAUGGGAGAUACAGAACUGCAGGGUUGUGUUGAAAUCAUCAAAUCAUUUAUUUUUUAUCAUUUGCCUUUGGGAAUUUAAAAAGAAAAAAUCAGAGUUGGAGUGCAUGGAAGUGUCUUUUCUCCCCAGAUGAUUCUCAAUUUUUAAUUAUUUUUUAAUCCAGUCAGCUACACACACACACACACACACACACACACACACACACACACACCUUUUCACUGAAGUUCACUGAAGAAAAUAUGUCUACUUUGACAUAAGUGUUGUUGCACAGAACAGACAGAAAAUCACAGUAAGGCAGGCCUUUUUCUAACCAACAAAGGCUUAUUUCUUUUCUCCAUCCACUGCUUGGGCUCAGGCACUCCUGCCCUGCGUGCCGCCACUUUAAACAUGAUCAGAUCUGUGCUUCUUUGCAAAUAACAACUGACCAACAAUGGGCCCUGCUUCAUAGAUUUGGGGAUGUUUGGCUUAAGCUGCCAAUGGCUGAAGGCCUUUAACUCACACUGGCCAGUCACAGUCUGCUUUGUUGUUGUCUGUUGAUGUGUCUGUGCUCAUUAUUCCUUGACAUGCAACAUUCCCCUCCACCCUCCAAGCAUCCACAACGGCACAGAAAGCAAGACUCAAAUGGGAACAGCUGUAGGGGUUCAAUGGGAAAUGAUGCCUCUUGUACAAAGGGGAGGGAGACGGGACAGGGAGAGGGGUUAUCUGAGAAAGGCGACAGCUUUCAGAGUCUUGUUUAAGAACUCAACCUUUGAGUAUACUUCCUUGAAAUUAUAGUGGAGAUUGGCUGCCCAUUUUGAAAAUGCCAGUUUCAAUUCAAAACACGAUUCCUAGGGAAAUGCUUGUUAUGUUUUUUAAUUAUUUCUAAACUUUGAGCUUUUAAAUGAAAUAAAUGGAUAAACUGGAA